AUGCAGGAGCACACGCAGGAGCACACGCAGGAGCACAUGCAGGAGCACACGCAGGAGCACACGAGCAGGAGCACACGCAGGAGCACACGCAGGAGCACAUGCAGGAGCACACGCAGGAGCACACGCAGGAGCACACCGGUGCACUGUGGUAACCCGGGGACACCUGCUCACGGCCGUAUUUUCCGGGUCGACGGUACGACCUUCACCCACUCUGUAGUCUACUCCUGUAUGGAUGGAUACCUCCUCUCAGGCACGCCCACCAGACACUGUCUGGCCAACGGCACCUGGUCUGGCACCGCUUCUAACUGCACUAUGAUCAGCUGCGUUGACCCAGGUGUUCCUGCUAAUGGUCUGAGGUUUGGAGAGGACUUCACUGUGGGCCACAACGUCACCUUCAUGUGCCAGCCUGGCUACCUGAUAGAGGCAGGCGGGGCCACAACUCGCACCUGUACCCACAAUGGCACCUGGAGCGCCACCACACCCAUCUGCAAAGUGGUGACCUGCCCUCCGCCUCCUCCCAUCCACAACGGGCUCCUGGAGGGCUCCGUGUUUGAGUGGGGUACCAGCGUGAGCUACAGCUGCCUGCCCGGGUACGAGCUCUCCUUCCCGGCUAUCCUCACCUGUGUGGGCCUGGGCUCCUGGAGAGGAGAUCUGCCUCAGUGUCUGCCCAAGUUCUGUGGAGACCCUGGUACCCCAGCCAAGGGGAAAAGAGAAGGACGAAGUUUAAUCUACAAGUCAGAGGUUACCUUCAGCUGUAGCGCCCCCUAUGUCCUGGUGGGGUCAACUACACGCAUCUGUCAGGACGACAGCACCUGGAGCGGCUCUCAGCCACGAUGCAUAG